AUGGCUAUCUCAAGCAACGAAAAGCGUGCAUUAGAGAGGAAAAAAUGCCGAGAAGCUUUAGCGGCGCAUAUCCGUAAGUCCCUAGACGGAUACGCCUGGUCUGUCACCGAACCUAACAAGCAUCUGUUGCAAUCGAGUCUCAGCGGUGGGAACAUCCGCCUAUACCGGUCUAUAUGUGAGGAACUCGGUCGGUCACUUAAGGCUGUAACACCAGAGACAUUACAAACUUCCCCUUCGGAUCAUAAAAGCAGUGCAGAGGAGGUGAGAGAAAAAGAUCCUGAGCCCCAAUAUGGGGAUGAGAGGGGAAAUGUAUCAUUUACAACUCAGAUCCGCGAUUUAGAAUCUAUAAAUUGCGAUUUGGGGGUUGAGCUUGAUCAGACUCGAAGCCAUCUAGAGAGGUCACUAAGCGAGAGCCAUAAUUUAAAAAUCGAAAUUACUCGGCUUCAGACUCAGCUCUAG